AUGUUUCCUGUACCACGCGUCUCAUUCGACGGCCACGGGCGCUACGUGGUCCAGCUGGACAUCGUUCCUGUGGACAACAAGCGGUACUGGUGCGCGUACCACUGGUCUUCGUGGCUGGUGGCCGGCAAAGCGGACCCUUCGUCGCUGGCGUGCCUCUACGCGCAUCCGAACUGUCCCUUCACGGAGGACGAGCUGCGCAAGCAGGUCGUCUCCUUCGAGAAGGUCAAGCUCAACAACCAAAUGGACAAGCCGGGACAGAACUUCACAGCCCUGUAA